GGAGAUCGUCAUCUCUCCGAAGAACUCAGAGAAAUUGCUACCGAUCUUCGCUCGAAGAACACCGUUCCGUACAGAGUGCUCCGCGCUCUAUGGACCGGAUCCGAUCCAUCGACCAGACCGGAUUGUUGGGACUUUGCUCCGGCUCCGAUUUCGUCUUCACCAGUCCCAAACCCAGAGAAAAGACCGAAGAACUGAAAUUGAGAUUGCUAAAGCUCAGAGAAAUAGCAGAGAGGAAGGAAUAUGCUGAACUUGUUAAAGAUAUAACACCCAAGAAACAAGUCGAAGAGCCGUUGUCGUCCGUACCAAAGACCAGCUCGGUUUCGAGUGCUGCUGGUGGGAUUAUUGGAUAGUUUUGGCGAUGCUUGUGGAAACACCUUCUGUUUAUAAUCAAAACUUCUAAAGAUGAUCAGAUUCAGAGCUCUAAUCGUUCACUCAGAGCUCUGCAUCGUUCACUCCCACUACUAAGAAGAAUCAAUAGAACUUGGUUUGCAUU